CGAUCCGAGCUCUCGCUGUGUGAACGCGAGUCAGCCGGCGAACAAGUGAGCGAGAGAAAGUGUGUGAGGUGCAGAGAGUGUGUGUGUGUGUGUUUGCGCGUGCACGCGUUUGUCAAAAGAGAGGGAGAGAGAGAGAGUCUGCGCUGGUGCGGGAAAAGCCAGUGCAGUGUUUUUAAAGAGAAAGACACAGCCUGCCUCGCUCCUCUGCCUCUCCGUGGACUAUACCACUACCGGGGACUCACCCUUUGGACUAUUCCGUCGUUUCCGCCUCCCCCCCUCCUCCCCUAACACUUGCCUUUGAAGGGAACACCUGUGCGCGUGAAAGCCAAGACAACGGACUUAGCCCUGGUAAACAGGGCGGCUGGAUGACUUCAGUGGAUCACGGUUUGGCUGGUGGAAAGAGGGAGACUGCCGAUCAUGGACUCCCCGCACUAGUUAACGGGGGUGCUGAGGAGGAUCAGGUUUGUCCGGUCAUCAUGUGCACGCGGGCCUAUCCUGACCCCGUCCGUGAGUGCCAGCUGUUCCCAGAAGAGGUGGAGGAGCCUGAGGAGGAGGUGGCAGACGAGGGCAAGGAGAGGGAAUCGGACAGAGACAGUGCUGUGGAAAGCACUCAGGGUUCGGAAACCUCAGACGGGCUCACCAGACUGGGAGACAAGGAAGACACACUAGGGGAUCUCUUUUUUCCCGGGGAGAAGUGUGGUCAGACCAGUAUCUCUGUGACCUCUGACCUGUCAACACGUUCGUCGGCUUCUCUGUACGAGGAGCAGUUUGAAGACUACGGAGAAGGGGAGGAGCCAGACUACACUCCCAGCAGCCCUGGUCCGGACGACGAGGCUCGUACCAACGGUUAUUCCGACCUUGGCUCAUCUGUGCCCUCGAGUGCGGGUCAGACUCCUCGUAAGGUGCGUCACCAUUACACCGGAGAAAUGACGGAUGUCUACUGUUCUCAGUGCAGUAAAAAGGUCAACCUGCUAAAUGACCUGGAUGCUCGCCUCAAAAACCUCAAAGCAAACAGCCCCAACAGGAAAAUCUCCAGCACUGCUUUUGGAAGGCAGCUGCUCCACAACAGCAACUUGAGCAGCAGUAACGGCAGCACAGAGGACCUUUUCCGAGACAGCAUCGACUCCUGCGACACCGACAUCAAUGAGAAGGUCACUUCUCUUGAGAAGAAGGUGGCAGAACUGGAGAACGAGAUCCUGCUGAACAGUGACCUCAAGUCCAAACUGAAGCAGGAGAACACGCAGCUAGUGCACAGGGUUCAUGAGCUGGAGGAGCAGCUGAAAGACCAAGAGACCCGGGCAGAGCAAAGUGUGCAGGAGGGCCUGAGACGCCACAGAGAGGCUUACAGCAAGCUGGAGAGAGACAAGAACACACAGAUAGAGCUGCUGACCAACCGAGUUAAGCAGCUGGAGGAGGAGAAUAGUGAGAUGUCCCUUAACAUGAACCGACUCAAGUCGCAGACAGAGAAGCUGGAUGAGGAGAAGCAAAGGAUGACAGAUAAGCUGGAGGAUACCAGCCUGCGCCUGAAGGAUGAGAUGGAUCUUUACAAGAAAAUGAUGGACAAACUGAAACAAAAUAGACAUCAGUUCCAGAAAGAAAAGGAUGCCAUGCAGGAGCUGAUAGAGGACCUGCGUCGAGAGCUGGAACACUUGCAGGUCUUCAAGCUGGAUGCAGAGAGGUCAGGCCGGAGGCCGAGCUCCUCCACAGGGCUCUCAGACUUCAACAACAGGAGCAGGGAGGUGGAGCUAGAGCAUGAAGUCAAGAGGCUCAAACAGCGAUUUGUGUCCCAGGACUUUCUUCCCCCUGAAUUCCAGCACCUGGUGUUGACUGGGGCUCGGCUCCGUCCCGGUCUGAUGGAGAACCAGAAGCUUAGAGAGCAGAACGAGGACCUGAAUGGUCAGAUCAUCAGCCUCAGCCUGCAUGAAGCCAAGAAUCUGUUUGCCACACAGACCAAGGCACAGUCUCUAGCUGCUGAGAUCGAUAAUGCCUCCAGAGACCAGUUAAUGGAAGCCCUGAAGGAGCAAGAGGAGAUCAAUUUACGUCUGCGACAGUACAUGGACAAAAUCAUCCUGAACAUCCUGGACCACAACCCCUCCAUUCUAGAGAUAAAGAACUAGCAGUGACUCAACUGGAAUGAGCAGCGUUCCUGAUCUUGGGAGAGUGAGGAUCAUUCCAGUUGUCUGAUCAGAGCAGGGUGACCUGAAUCGGGGGGAACGUGUACAGAAAAACAGAGCCAGUCUUGCGUAAACAGACAUGCAUCGCCCCCUGCUGUUUGUGCCAAGAAGAGCGUCUCUUCCGGAUGGUAGAAGGGGAUUCUGUGUUGUACAAAAGGGAGUUUUCUCAGCCAGUGAUUGUUCACUGACUGGUUAUGCUACUGUGACUGUUCUACUCAUUUUAUCACAUUUUUAUUCUGUCUAUGCUGUGAGCUGGAGUUAAAGUCACAAGAUUGAUCUCUUGUGAAAACUCCAGGAAUAUUUUGUGUCCAACGUGCUUUGAAGAUUCACUUAAUUUAGUACACUGGACAUGAAAACUGGAAAAAAAGAAAAGAAAAUAUAAACAGCUUUAUCCUGAUCUAAAGCUGUUUGGCAUGGCGUAGAGAGGCACAAUAAGACAGUAGAGCAACAUGACAAGCAGACUUUAAAUCCAGAGUGAGACAGGCACCAAGACAGGCUAGGCCACGGUUGCCUGUCUCUGAGUGCAUGUGAUGACAUAUUUGGACAAGUAUGUGCUGAAAGAAGGUCGAGAAGCGAGGCACAAGCGGUCAGAGAGAGAAAAAGAGUGAUGCCCACAUUAUAAAUUGAAGACCAUGAAGUAAGGAAGAGUGUUGACCCUAAACAGGUGGGGAUGUUACAUGAUAGGCCAGGUAUGCUACCAAAAGAGGCUUUUUGUGAAGUCGAUGAAGGUACACUGAAAGUGAAAUUUCGUUUUUCGUUCACUCUUGCGCACGUCUUCCACGAAACCACACUUCGUACGUCAAUCAGUCCUAUAGCAGUGAGCAGUUUUCACUGAGAAGUGGCCCUUAGUUGGUACGGAUGAGUCGCUGAGUGUCGCAUUAUGGCGCCGAAGCUGCAACCAAGGAGUGUCUUCAAACUGUAACUUCCAUGGCUGCUAUUUGCUAGCUAAACUUGAGCUUAAUAAAAAGUCACUGUUGCUGGCAAUAGACCCCAAAUGAUGUUGCACAGAAAUAUAAAGAUGUGAAUGUACAAUGUGAGGUGGAGUGACUGGUAGCCAUUGUAACGUGGUUUACCAAGUUGUCUUUUCAUGUUCAGUAACUUGGAUACCGGAUGUGAGCGUGCACAGGAGACUCACUUUUUGGUACAAAAGACUUGAUUUGUCACAUUUGCACCUGCAGCAGGUUGCAGAUUGUAGUUUAAGUCCCAAUGACUCUGAAGCCCUCUUAAACUGUAAAUAUCACGAAUGUACGAUUCCUUAUUAACUUUCUGUGUGGCCAAAAAAGCAGUUUUCGAUUGAAACUGGUUAAUACAUUUGGCAACAUGUGUACAGUAUUUAGUACUGUUAUAUGGAGGGCAUUGUUUUCAGAGGGGAAACAAUUACAAUCUCAUGUAUUAUGUAAUUAUUCUAAACUUGAGUUUUGCUUCCUUGCACAAAAAAAAAGUUUUGUUUCCUUUUGCAUGGUCACAUUUACUUCUGUCUGUGCCUUUUGAGGACAUUUUUCGAGAUAAUCUCGCUAUAGAUUUACGCUGUUUUUUGGAAAGUGCGUUUUCUGUCUAUGUAUGACAUUUUCAUGACUUGUAAAUGUUGUAAUUAUCUAGUGAUAAUUUGUAUUUUAUGUGCCACUCACCAAUCUUUUUUCAGAUUGAUACUGAGAAAACACUUUUAUACAGAUUAAUCAAGAAACUAAUUGUUGUUGCUUAGCUGUCCUGUUUGCAGUAUAGCACAAGACUUUGUGACGUAUGCAAGCCAGUUUAUCUUCUUUUCUUUCCUUUUUUUAUAUAAACACAGUGAGCAAUGAUUUUUGAGUUUUUUUUCAAGGUUUUUGUUAGAUCCAGUAAGUCCACUGAUUUUCAAUCAGCUUCAAAGUGGGUUUUUUAUAUAUGGUUGUUUACUGUCUUCCUAACUUAAACGGUGACUAUUAUGAGCAAUAUUAACUUAUUACCAGUACCUGCUGAUCUGUGUCCUGUUUUGCAUCUUAAAUCUUUUCACUUUUAAUCUGCUUAUGCCAUUCUUCAAGUAAAAAAACAAAAAUUCAACGACACACUGAGCUGUAAAAACUGUCACAAACUCAUGGCUUUUAGCUUUCUGUUAUUAGGACUAUCCGAUUGGAUGUAGUCAUCUUAAAUAGCAAUAAAAAAUGGCUUUGGCAGUGAUGUUGCCUCAUGAAAUUUCUGUUACUUUCAUUUGAAUUCAGCUAUAGUUUCUAAAACAUAAAAAUUGUGCCUAAAGUGUAUGCUGCUGCUGUCUUAGCUGCCAUUAUGUACUUUGCUGUAAAUAAAAGUUUUUGCGCUGGCAUGAAAA